CAUAAUUAUGAAUCACUGUGCUUGCAAAUUCGUAUAAUUGGUUCCACAUCACGAUAAGAUAAUAUGUACGAUAUAGAUAAGAUGUUUAAGGAUUUCGUAUAAUUCGAUAUUAAGUGUUGAAACAUCGACGACAAUACAUGAAUAAACAAAAUAUUUAAACGCAAUGGAUACCCGUAGUUGGAGUGUGUUUAUAUUUUGCUUGCUAGUGGGAAGAGUUUGUUCGCAGUGUGAUGUCGCGCAAGUGUGUAUAACGGAUGUGACAGCGGCGAUCUGCGCGCCGGGACAGAUUUUGGCACCCCGCUUAUCUGUAUUUGGCUGUUGCCCAGGCUGUGUAUUCCCCCAGGAGCAGGAAGGCGGUAUCAUAACGGAUGAAUGCAAGCCCCCUUCAAACUGUUUGCCAGAUGGAAAGUACGGUCCUGUGCAAUGCAAGGGUGACAUGUUCACUGGAAGGUGUUUCUGUUCAGAUGAAAAUGGAAGGAGAAUAUUUGGACAAAUGUGGAGGAACGAUGCAAGUGAAAUGACUUGUGCUUGUAGCAGAAAAAGAGCUGAGCUGGAAAAGUCUGGCAGGAUGACAGUUUCUCUACAUUGUACUGCAAAUGGAGACUACGAACGCCUUCAAUGUGAUGAUGGCAUCUGCUGGUGUGCUGAUCCCAAGACCGGCCAACCUACCGUCACACCAGUGAUGGAGGAAGACAUGAAACAUUUACCGUGUUACAGUCCGUUAGUCACUGGUGAGCAAUACUUAAGAAGAUGCGAAAGUUUGGUUCAUUCGUUGGCCCUGAUACAUAAAGAGCAAUCAGAACACGGCACCAAUUUCCUCGGUCACCCUACAGCUUUCUGUGACUACGACGGCAGCUAUGGACCAUAUCAAAUCCAAAAUGGCAUUGCAUAUUGUACCGGCCGAGACGGUAAGAUCCUGGGUUCGUGGCAAGUUAUGGCAAGUGAAAUGAGCGGCAUGAAUUGCAACUGCGCUCGUGACACUGCAAUACACUUCCCUGAGCGUGGCAUGAUGGUCACCGAGAUCUGUUUGGCGAACGGAAACUAUCGACCCAAUCAGAACGUUGGCGACGUCUUCUACUGCGUGGACAGCGAUGGCUACCCUGUCGGCGAGAUGAUGGACGCGUGGCCUAGCGAUAAUUGCGUCGCUCCUGUUCCCACAUAAAACUAUUUCUUUGAAAACUAAAUAAUUUAUAAGGAAUAAAGAAAAAAUAUAUUUUUAAUAUAA